UACCGGCGUGGAGCAUCUAUCCAGCAGCAAUGUAUUCUGUAGAGUAUAAAAGGUCGCACAAAUAUCCGGGCCUCUGGAGCCAGCAAAUAUCCCUAUUCCAGUUCUUCCAUAGUCCACACGCAUAGGACCAUUAGAACAACAGAUCGUUAUUCAACUGUCUAUGGGAAAUAGCCAGUAGGGAUGUUGAGAAAUGGGAGUGGUAAACUAUCCGAUCCACUAGUUAAAUACUGUGCGCCGAAGCUUGUUGUGUGGCUUUGGCGCAGCCAGACAAACCGCCGGGCGUGAGAGCAACCAAACAACGUCAACAUGCGGCUUCUACCCAUGACACGCUGACGAUACUUUUCCAAGAUCCCUACGGAUUACCACUUCUCAUAUUGCUGCUAUUUAUUGGCUUGACUGUUUCUCAAGCAGCUUCUCGAUUUUCGAACGUCACAUCUCCCUACAGCUACCGUCUCGCCCGCUAGGGUCUUCCCUCCAAUUGUGCCCUCUCUAGCCGCCUCACAUCGAUUUUGCAGUUAGUGAGAACGGUACGAGACAGGACGAGACAGCUGCGUCCAGGUUUACUCUGUUACCGGGAUUUGCGGUUACUCUGUUACCGGAUUUGCCCUCUCUUUACUAAACCACACAUAUAUUUUCCCCGGUCCGGAAGAGAACUUAGUUACCUUUCCCGCCAUGUCUGCGGACGUACAAGGAAUCGCAGACCGAAUCGUCUCGCCAGACGCCCCUCGUGACCCUAACUUCAAUUUCUCCUUUAGCCCAUUUCUCACAAAAACCUUCGGCUUUGGACUCGCUUCAGACGUACCAGUGUGCAAAGCGUAUCGAGAAGGCCACUGCCCCUUAGGCCCAACAUGUCCGGACAGACACCCUACCCCGUCCCGACUCUCCUCUGCCACAUCCCCCGCGAUUGCCCCGUCCUCAACGCAUGGCACCCUCGUCUGCAAGCACUUUCUCAAAGGCCUGUGCAAAAAGGGGAUCAAGUGCGAGUACCUGCAUGAAUAUAACCUACGGCGAAUGCCCGAGUGCCAGAAUUUUGCGCGGACCGGGUACUGCCCCAAUGGCGAUGAAUGUCUAUACCAACACGUCCCCGAAGACGCUAAGAUACCGCCUUGCGAACACUACGAGAGGGGAUUCUGCCAUCUAGGUCCGCUGUGCGCGAAGAAACAUGUGCGUAAAAAGAUAUGUCGGUUUUAUUUGGCCGGGUUUUGCCCAGAGGGACGAGCGUGUCUUGAAGGUGCGCAUCCGCGUUGGCCGGAGAAUUUGCCAAAGCCGAUGGUUAAGGUAGCGAAGACGGAAGCGGAUUUGGAGCGGGAGAGGGCGCGGAUCAGAGAGGAGCAGGAGAAGGAGGAAGAGAGGGAGAGGGAAUGGAGGAGGGAGAAUCGUGGUCGGGAUGGACGGUUUGGUAGAGGGCGGUAUCGGGGGAAGAGAUGAUUGGAUCUCUUUCUCCAUGAGGCUUGUUUUCUGCUUUCCUUGUCCUGGACUGGGUGUCUUUUUCAUUUGUAUGCGCGGGCUUAUUUGCUUUUCGUGCUUCCUCAUUGGAAUGGAGGAGUUUGUCAUGGUUUUCUGGGUGUUGACUUUCGGUGCUUUUGCUAUUGCAAGAUGGGACUAUUACAAUCACAACAUUGUUUACUGCAUUUUAUAUUUGUUGAAAAUUUGCGGGAAAAUAUCCUAUAUCUACCCUGAAGAUACCAUGCCUUUACGCGAUCUGUACUUUCAAUCCGCUAUUAACCAGCAUUUACAAAUACAAUUCUAUACUCAAAGAGGGACUGUAUACCAGGGGACCAAUGAUUUUCAACUGAAUAGUGCAUGUCAUAAAACCAAUAAAAUAUGUAAAUUAAUUAAUGCUCAGAGCAACAACGAUGGGAUGGAACGUUUGAUAGAUUGAAAAAAAAAAAUAAAAAAA